AAUAUAACCGUUUGGUGGCGGAGGCGGUGUCGAUAUCGUCGCGGUCGCGGCAGGAACAGGAGCAGGAGCAGUGUCACCGCCGCGGUCCAUUGUCUGCGCGCGUUCAUUGUGUCGUCGACCGUCGCCGCAGCGGUACGCACAUCAUCAUCAUCAUCGUCGUCGUCGUCGUCAUUCGGCUCGACUAUGGAACCAGCGAAGGUCGCGUUACUAUUGUCGUUCUCGGCGCUCGCCACUGCCGCCACUGGCAAACCGCCGGACGGCCGCGGCGCGUUCGGUUACCCGGACGACGAGCACGUGAUCAUCACUCAGUACGGACCGAUGCGGUACGAUCCGGUCACCGCGGACCAGAUGAACCGGCCGUACGACGACGGCGCCGCGAAGACCGCGUCGUCCGGGCGUGGCUAUUACAAGGCCGAGGUGAUACCGUUGGACAUGAACACCUGGAAGCCCGCGGCCGGCGCCGACGGCCGUUGGGUCGGCAGAGCGGCCGCCGGUGGCCGGGUCGACUCGUUCGACGUGCCGCUCCGCGUCGGCUAUUCGGUGCGGCCAGCGGCCCGGCGACGCCGACACGACUACCUGUUGAUGGGGCACCGGCCGCGGCCGCAGCCGCCGCACUGGAACCAUCGUCAGCCGGUCGUCCCGCGCCGACGCAUCGACACCACCGGCCCUUUGGAGGUACCGAUCCGACCGCGGUUUUUAGAAGGAAGGGCACUGCAGUUUGCCUGAAGCCUAACACAACGAGCAAAGAGAACUACGCGAACGUCGUGUGCGGAUAAUAUAACAUAUUAUGACUUAUGUGUUAAUUCUGUGCAGUUAAAGCUCUUUACUUAUUUCUCAUUAUGUAUACCGACCAAAUUAAUAUUAUGUUAGUGGUACACAGCACCAUUAUAAUUUUGUGAUUUCACGUCGAUGUUCCGAUUUUCAUAUUAAUAAAGUGUUUUUUAUCAUAAUAUAUCAUAUUUUCGUAAACUGGAAUAACAUGCUUAACAAUGAAAAUAAAAUAAACAACUUCGUCCAAAAUAACAUAAUAAUAUCAUGUUUCAAUAACAAUAAUGAUUUAUUAUGUUAAUUGCGUCUAAAAAAUAACACUGUUAUACGUUUAAGUAUAAUAUAUAUAUAAUAUUAUAUUUUAUUGUCAAAAUGCCUAUAGUAAUAAUAAUACCUGCUAUAUAUGUUGAUGACAGCAGGAGUGAUCUAAAUUAUUUUAAAUUCAAGCUAUGUUGUUAUUGUUAUCAGAGUACCUACAAUAUAACUAUGUCGUUGACGUUAAUUAUUCUUAACGAAUAUUUAACUAUGGGUAGUAUUAUAACUAUAACAACUUUUUCUCAAUCAGAAAAUGUUCAAUUUCCUCAAUCCUGCUGCAGUAGGUAUUAAUUAAAUAAUUUUUUUCUAUUUUAGUAAACACUAGUUUUGAUAAUUUAUUUAUAACGGAUUUAUGCCUGUGGCGAAUAUAAUAU